CUUUCUAUUCAACAAAACCACGACACACUAUUUUCUUUUCUUUCACAAAACAUCUCUCUAAAAGCUAGAAGAGAAAUCAAGAAGACAACAAUGGCUGCCGAUUAUGCAUUCAGGGAGGGAGAUGUGGAGAUUGAUGAGGGGCUUGGGUUCCCAAGAGCCUAUGCAAAGCUUUGUAGAGAUCGUGGUGUUGUUGGGACUUAUAGCCAUGGCCCUCCUUUCGCUUUCAUUCCAUAUGCAAUGCAGCAACAUGAGAUCUCGAGAGCAAGCGAAUUAGAACAGAUGUUUCCAAUUAUUGAACAAAAAGCAAAACAAACUGCCAAGCCCAAGAUUUUUAUCAGCCUCUUGUGGAAGCAGCUCAAUCAUCUAGGGAAUGCUGGAUUUGAUCCUGCAGUAAUCCGAGUGGACCCAUAUGGCAAUGUUCUAUAUUUUCAUGCUGAUAAAGCCUCACCUCUUGCUUGGGAAAUUGAUCACUGGUUCCCUUGCCCAAGGGGGGGAUUGACAGUUCCAAGCAAUUUGAGGAUACUACAAUGGCAAGUGUGCAAGAGAAAGCAUAACAAGUUAGAGUUUCUUGUUCCGUGGUGGGAUCUUCAGCUGGGAAUCUCUGUGAACCAGUUCUUAUCCAUCUUUGCGUCUUCCAACUCAGAUUUCAGGCACAGGGCGUUUUCGUUUUUGUUCUCAGAAGGAGAAAGUGAGGAACUAAAUGCUUCCCAGAGUGUAGAGUCACAUUCUUUUCCACAACAUUUCAUUGAAUCGAGAGAGAAACUAGGCCUUGCUCCAGCUGCUGUUGUUGUAUCUCGAAGAGAAUCAUAUGAUUCUUCUUUGGCUUUGAAAUCAUUGGAUUACAACAGGCAGAUGAGGUCGCAUUCUCCUGCAAUUGCUUCAAGAAAAGUGAAGCCAAGUUUUCUGAAAGAAAAUGAGGACCCCGACUUUGUCACAAAUCCAUAUCAAGCAAUUGUCUUGGCCAGAGAUUCUCUUAAGCAAAAAGAAGAAGCUCACAAGAUGCAGGCUGAAAUACUGGGUUUGGACGACGAAGUUAAUGAAAUAAAGAGAAAGACUGAUGAGGAAAAGCUUACUAUUCAGGACUUGGAAUUGACACUGAUAAAGCGUAGGAGGAGGGCAGAGAAGUGCAGGCGGCUAGCAGAGGCACAAUCUUCAUACAGAACUAUGCUAGAGAAGAUGAUUCGUGAUGCUAUGCACCAGAGUGUUGUUUACAAGGAACAAGUGAGACUGAAUCAGGCUGCAUCCAAUGCACUCAUGGCAAGGCUUCAAGCGCAGAAGGCAAUAUGCGAUGCUUCAGAGAAAGAACUCCACAAGAAAUACAAACAAAGGGACGAGCUUGAGAAACAAAUUAGGCCUGAAUGGGAACAAGGAAGGAAGAGAUCAAGAAUGGAUGAUAUCUUACCUGAAGAUGGAGACCAUAAAGCUACAUUUUAUUUACCAGGAAUCAGGCCAAGGACACCUUUACACAAGGAGCUCAGAGUGUUUCUAGAGGAGGAGCAGAAAGCAUCUGAGGCUGGCUUGUCUGCUAACGAAGAAUCAAAACAUGGCGAAAUUGAAGAGGAACUCAAACAACCUGAAAUGACUAUCAUGAAGGAAGAGCAUAAUAAAUCAAUUACCCCAUUCGAAAAUGAAAUUCCAAUUGAAUAUAAGCUUCGGGCACUGGAAAUAGGAGAGGGAAAGAGAGACAAAAUUCAAUUCCCAGUUAUCCAAGACCAAGAAAUAGAGGAGGAUGAAGAGAGCAGAAAGCAACGUGGAAAGGGAAAUGUAGAGAGGUGGCUGCAAUUGUUGUUAGAGAAUUCUGGAGAAGAGAUUGAACCUCAAAACUCAAACGGCUCUGGAGCAAACACAUCUGAUGACAUCAUUACAAAGCUGAACCAAAAGUUCCCACAGAAAGAGGCCAAGAGCUCAACACAGGUCCAGGGGGAGAAGCCGCAACUAAUUUUACAAGGAAAUGAUAAAGGAACGAGGGUACAAGAGAUUGUUGAGAUAGAACCAAACAAAACACCGAAAGAAAAAGGAAAUGGCAGUGUUGGUGGUGGUGAAGCAAUUGGAAGUAGCAACAGUUUUGAAGGGAAGGAAAGAAUAGAGAGCAAAAAAGAAAGAGUGCUUACAAGGUCUGAGAGUGCCAGGACAUUGCGGCGUAUCCCAUCCUCUCCAUCUUUGAUCUUGGGUAUGAGAAAGGGGGUUGAAUGCAUGAGGAAAAAGCCCAUGGUAACUGGAGAUGAUGACUAUGACGGGGAUCGUGCUGCAGGGAACAGCUUCAUCAAGUCAUCCAUCAAGACUAUCAAGAAAGCAGUAAAAUUCUGAAACUGCAAUUCCACUUGUUCAAAUCCAUUUGUAUUGUACCUUAAAUUUUUCUUUUCUAUUUUUUCAAACUUUAUAGAGUGCUGCUAGCAAUGGCAGCAUCAGAUGAAUAAUUGUGUGGAAAUUUGUAUUGUAUAUCCUAAAGUGUCUUUGAUUUUUGUAUGAGAUUGGUUGUGAGAUAUAUGUAAUAACAGCUAGUUGUUUUUGCAAAUAAAUGUGAUUCAGCUAAAUUCAUUUUCCCAGUAAAAA